GCCGUUCCUGGUACCUAUCCUGCAGAAUGGAGCAGGGCGCGUCUCCAGUGGAGCCCAGUCCGAACGGAAACGCCCUUAGAGGUCUGAAAGAUAUCGCUUUUGGAAGUGCUGCCGGCAUGGUAUCGAAGGUGUUUGAACAUCCAUUCGACCUGUGUAAAGUCAGGCUCCAAGCGCAGGUCUUGGAUGAAAAGCCAACCUUCAAGGGCCCCAUCGAUUGUCUGUACAAAACGUAUUCCAAAGAAGGCAUUCGAGGAUUGUAUCGAGGAUUACCGGCUCCGAUAGUUGGCGCUAUGACGGAGAAUGCAGUGCUAUUCCUGGCGAACGGACAGAUACAGGAUCUGGUACGGAUCGCGUACGGUCAACCAAGAUUCGAGCCGGGACCAGAUGGCACAUUGCGUGCCACGUCCUUGUCUUUGGUCCAAGUAGCAAUCGCUGCGGCCGGUGCAGGGGCGAUCACUAGCUUUUUCCUGACACCGAUCGAACUCGUAAAGUGUCGAAUGCAAGUCCAGAUGCUGGCGGCGGAAGCACGAACAGUGGCCGCCUUACAUGCUGUUCUGCCCGGCGAAGCCCCGGUUCUCAACCGACCCUCAUUUCGUUCACUGCAGGGGCCGUUCUCGAUCGUUGCGUCUGUCAUCCAAAAUGAUGGAUUACGUGGUCUUUGGCUAGGACAGACGGGUACUCUACUUCGGGAGACCGGCGGAGCUGCGGCCUGGUUUGGAGCCAAUGAAGCAGUAUCCCGGUUCAUGCUUCGCCGACGAGCAAAGAAACUGGGCUGUGAUCCUUCCGAGCUAUCGAAGAAGGACCUGAGAGCUUGGGAAUCCGUAAUUGCUGGCGCAUGCGCAGGAGUUUCGUACAAUACUGUCCUCUAUCCUGCCGACUCUGUCAAGUCCGCCAUCCAGACUGAAGAGGAGCUUCGACCCCGCCAAUCAAAUGCACCACGACCGACGUUCGUUGGAACCUUCCGUUCAAUAUAUGCUGCUCAAGGCGUCCGUGGGUUGUAUGCCGGUCUCGGCAUCACAGUGGUCCGUUCUGCGCCAAGUUCUGGCAUGAUCUUUCUCAUAUAUGACACAUUGGUUAAACAAUUUGGGUAA